CACGUGACCGGCGCGAACAUGGCGGCGCCCAGCGGCGUCCACCUGCUCUUCCGCAGAGGUUGUCAGAGAAUUUUCUCUUCACCACUCAAUCAUAUCUACUUACACAAGCAGUCAAGCAAUCAACAAAGAAGAAAUUUCUUCUUCCGGAGACAAAGAAAUGUCUCGCACAGUGUAGUUUGGCCGGCUGUGGUUUCUUCAGCUCAUCCAGUCCCCAAGCACAUAAAGAAGCCAGACUAUGUGACGACAGGCAUUGUGCCCGACUGGGGAGACAGCAUAGAAGUUAAGAAUGAAGAUCAGAUUCAAGGGCUCCGUCAGGCCUGUCAGCUGGCCCGUCACGUCCUCCUGCUGGCCGGGAAGAGUUUAAAGGUUGACAUGACAACUGAAGAGAUAGAUGCCCUCGUCCAUCAGGAAAUCCUCAGUCACAAUGCCUACCCCUCACCUCUAGGCUACAGAGGUUUUCCAAAAUCUGUUUGUACCUCUGUAAACAACGUCCUUUGUCAUGGUAUUCCUGACAGUCGACCUCUUCAGGAUGGAGAUAUUAUCAACAUUGAUGUCACGGUCUAUUUCAACGGCUACCACGGAGACACCUCUGAGACAUUUUUGGUGGGCGAUGUGGAUGACUGUGGUAAAAAGUUAGUGGAGGUUGCCAGGAGGUGUAGAGAUGAAGCAAUUGCAGCCUGCAGAGCGGGGGCUCCCUUCUCUGUAAUUGGAAACACAAUCAGCCGUAUAACUCAGCAGCAUGGUUUGCAAGUCUGUCCGCAUUUUGUGGGCCAUGGAAUAGGAUCAUACUUUCAUGGACAUCCAGAAAUUUGGCAUCAUGCGAAUGACAAUGAUCUCCCCAUGGAGGAAGGCAUGGUGUUCACCAUAGAGCCAAUCAUCACCGAGGGAUCCCCUGAAUUUAAAGUCCUGGAGGACGGAUGGACUGCGGUCUCCCUGGACAAUCAAAGGUCCGCCCAGUUCGAGCACACGGUGCUCAUCACGUCGCGGGGCGCGCAGGUCCUCACCAAACUGCCCCACGAGGCCUGAGGCGCAGCCCGCGGGGUGCAAAGGCCAGGCGCCCUUCUCCGCCUUCCAGCUGGAACUCAGAUGAGGAGUAGAGCACCGGCGGCCCGCGCCGCCACCGACCCGGCACCCCGCGGCGUCCUGCCGAAGCGCAGUGGCGACCGGCAGCCGCCGGGGACUCAGCCCGCCAGCCCCGCCGGGUCUGGGCUUGCGGAACCGAGACGCUGCACCCCAGGCUCGGCUCCCCAGCGCGGCAAACGCCUCUGGAGGGGGAAUGGGGACUCUCUCCUUUGGGAGACCGGGGUCUCAGGGGGAAGCAUUUUUCCCUUUGCCUUGUCCUUUUCUGCCGAGUAAAAAGCCCUUUUAAA